AUGCCAACACGUCUUGUGAUCUCAGGUUAUCUAGAUCUACGUGGCACUCUGCUUGAGCAAAAGGCCGAGGCUGAACACUGCCACGACAAUAUUCGACGGUCAGUUCUUCAUGAGCCUCGAGGCCAUGCCGAUAUGUUUGGCGCCAUCCUUCGCCCUGAAACCGAGUUCACCAAAACCGGCGAAGCGCACAUGGGCGUACUUUAUAUCCACGGCAAUGGCUAUAGCAACAUGUGCGGUCAUGCCACCAUUGCUAUAUGUCGAUUCCUCAUCGACACCUGCGACUUGAGUAUUUUCCCGCGCAGGAAUGACAUCGACUACGAUACAAACACACAAACAGCGAGUUUGAUCCUUCAUACCCCCGGGGGACUCAUCAACGCAACUAUACCCACAACCGACAACGGCAAUCGGUCAGAUCCGACUCGCCCAAUCAAGUUUAUUGCGCUGCCUGCCUAUGCGAUAGCCACCGAAAUCAAAGUAUUUAUUCCCCCGAAAAUCGGUGGGUCGAGCUUGGCACACGAGAGACUGUGA